UGGGCUUGCAGCCCUGAUCCGACCCACAGCGCAAUGAGCCUCUCCCGUUGUCUACGACUGUCGUCCAGCUUUGCCCAGUCUGUCUCUCCAAGUCGACACAUUGCGGUAACUCGUCACUUUGCCACCACUCAAGUGUGGGCCCAAGCUCAACAGCCUCGGUCUAAUGCUCCUUUGUACCUUCGUCGGACCUUUCUCAUCUUCAAAUGGUCCGCUUAUCUAGUCGCUUCGACGGCUGUAGGUCUCCUGACCACCGGUGCCGUCAUUCUUGGCCAUGACGCUCUCACAUAUUCAAGCAAACAUGUGGACCGAGUGCCUGUCAGUCCACUUGCUCUCCGUCCCGAAACAGGCGGCCCAAAGAACCUUCCUAUUGCAAGUAUUCUAGUGGACGACGAGGAAGAUGAAGAAAACAAGAAAAUUGCCCUGAAACCACGGCUUGUGAUAGUUGGGGGCGGCUGGGGCGCGAUGUCGCUGCUCAAGACACUUCACCCAGGCGAUUAUCAUGUAACAGUAAUCGCACCUGACACUUUCACCUGGUUCACACCGUUGUUACCAUCUGCUGCUGUUGGCACAGUUCAAGUUCGUUCCUUGAUUGAGCCGAUCCGGAAAAUUGUUGCCCGAGUUCAUGGUCAUUUCAUAACCGGGAAGGCUGUUGACUGUGCCCUGGGCGAGCGUCUCCUUGAAGUUGAAACUACUCUACCGGACGGAAUGAAGAGGAGCCUCUAUGUGCCAUAUGACAAGCUUAUCAUUGCAUGCGGCUCCGUUUCAAGCACACACGGCGUUCCCGGCCUCGAAAACUGCUUUCAAUUGAAGACGAUAGCCGAUGCGCAAGCCAUACGGCGCCGCAUUCUUGAUAACUUUGAAACCGCGAGCCUCCCAACAACUUCACCUGAGGAACGCAAGCGCUUGUUGAGCUUUGUCAUUUGUGGUGGAGGUCCCACGGGCGUGGAGACGGCUGCAGAAAUAUAUGACCUCUGCCAAGAAGAUAUCAUGAAUUAUUAUCCCAAAUUGUGCCGGGAAGAAGUCUCCAUAUCUAUCAUCCAGUCUCGCGAUCACAUCCUGAAUACUUACACUGAACACAUCUCCAAUUACGCUGAGGAAAAGUUUCGUCGAGAUGAAGUGAAACUCAUUGUCAAUGGGCGUGUGAAGUCGGUCCAUCCAGGCAAAGUGCUAUAUGACGAAAAGGACCCAAGUGGCCAGGUUUCCACGCACGAGAUACCUGCUGGUUUUGUGUUAUGGUCGACGGGGAUUGCUAUGAAUCCUUUCGUGGAGCGCAUGGUGGCCCUUCUGCCCAAUCAAGUUCACAAGAAGGCAAUUGAAGUCGAUGCUCACUUGCGUGUGAAAGGGGCGCCGGGUAUCUAUGCAAUUGGGGAUGCCAGCACCAUCGAGACUUCCCUUGUGAGGCACGUUCUGGAUCUCGCAGAUCAGUGUGAUGUCAAUCACGAUGGACAAAUUGAUUUCAAUGAAUGGCAGGUUAUGGUUGCAAAGAUCAAGCAGAAGGUCCCUCUCGCCGAAGCCCACCUACAACAUCUGCGUGAGAUCUUCGAUGCAUUCGAUUCUGACCGUGAUGAUCGUCUUGGCCUGAAUGAAUUGACGGCUUUGUUGCAAGACAUCAGCUCCAAAAUCACCACGCUACCCGCGACCGCUCAAGUCGCUGCUCAGCAAGGCAAAUACAUUGGGAGGAAAUUCAAUUAUUUGGCGAAACAUGAACAAACCUUGGUCCAAAAUCAGAUCAUCGACUUCGAUGAGGCCUUUUUCCGUCCAUUUCGGUACAUGCAUCUCGGUAGUCUGGCCUACGUGGGAAAUGCUGCCGUCUUUGAUUUUGGCUCGACUUCUUUCGCUGGCGGUCUCAUCGCCAUGUACGCUUGGAGGAGUAUAUAUUGGUCAGAAUCUGUAUCUGCAAGGACGAGGGCACUGUUGCUCUUUGACUGGAUCAUUCGCGGGAUCUGGGGAAGAGAUUUGAGCCGUCUGUAAAUACCUCACGCUUAGAGAGCCCACAGUGAAAUACAAGAAACGAUGAGGAGAGGGGUGUCUGAUAUUACAAUGCUGAUCAU